AAAAAGGACUGAAAACAGAUUUAGUGGAAAAACAAAACCUUGCAGUCUCAACGCGAUCGUUCAUCUGUCUUCCUCUGUAUUUACACAUUGACACUAAGUACAAACAUGAAUUCAUUUUAGGAAAUGCUGGCGCCAGAAGAAUCCAUCGAAGAGUGCAAAGAAGCAUUUUAUCUUUUCGACCGAAGGGGAGACAAGAAAGUUGAAUGUAGCCAAAUCGGAGAAGUCAUGCGGGCUCUCGGAACGAAUCCGACAGAAAGCGAAAUUUCAAAAAUUAUUCGUAAUCUGGAUACUGAUAGUACUGGUGUAAAGCGAGUUAGCUUCGAAGAAUUCUUCCCAUUUUAUCAAAAUCUGCUUGAUCGGCAAAAGAAAAGUGGAGGUAAGCUGUAUAAUAUAAAUUUAAUUGCUUUCUUUCUUCGCUUGUCUGUAGGCUCGCUUUUAUUAUGGCUUCGUGAAACUUAGUUUGCGUUUUCCUUUUAAGGAUCUAAAGGCAACGAUAAUAUAUACGAGGUCUGAAACAGAAACCAAUUUUAAAAGACAAACGCUAACAUUUAAAAGGUGACAGUGAUCUGUUUUAUUGUUAAAUUACUCAAAGUACUUUGCUGGAUCAAGCUACAUCGCAGAUCCAACACAUAAUUUGCUUUAGGCAUAUAGUUUUAAAUGAGUUUAAGAUAACUUACUUCGAACAAAACGAUAAGAAGUAAAUAUGAAAGCGAUCUCCGCAGUAAUGAACACUAUUUAAGCAGCAGAAGUGAAAAUAGAGCUUGAAAAAAUCAGGCCUCGACGGGAGUUGAGCCCAUUACCUCUGCGAUACCGGUGCAGUGUGUUGACAACUGAGCUAACAAACCAACUGGGAGCUGGUUAUUAUGUUGGUCCCAAAUAAACCCGUGAAGUGAUGUAUAAAUGACUGUGAAUAUAUAUGAAAAUCAUAUAUGUGAACUGCGCAUAAAGAAUCGAAUAUGAAAGCGAUCUUCGCAGCAAUGAGUAUUACUUAAGAAGUGGAGGAAAUAAGGCCUGAUAAAAAAUCAGUACUGCUUACGUAAUGUUCAUUAUUGUGAAGACCGCUUUCAUAUUCACUUCUUUAUACACAGUUCACAUCAUGAUUUCCAUAAAUUCACAGUUAUUUAAAACAAUUAAUAAGACUCAUAGCUCAUUCAAACCAAAAAUAAAAGCUGUUUCGCAAAACACGGUUAAAGUUGUUUUCCUCCUAAUCGUUGCUAAAACUGAUAUUUGCCGACUUCAAAUUUAGCCGAAUGAAAAUAAACACUGGUGAUCAUUGGAACCUUAGGUAAAAUUCAGUUCUUCAGCUUUCUGUUUCUGAUUUUCAUUCAGCUAAAACUGGUUUAGCGGAAACAUGUUUCCUGGUAUGAAUGGGGUAUUCGUUAACCAAAAAAUUUUGACUCCCUUGGGAAGACUGACUGAUAAAGAACUUGCUAAAAAUCUUUCACGAUAAUUUUCGAGUUUAAUUCGCAUUGUAUCUUUCCCUUUCCAGUUGAUCCGGAGCACUUUAUCGAUUGUCUUCGAGUCUAUGAUCACAACUGCAACGGGCUCGUAAACGCCUCCGAAUUACGUCAGUUGUUACGCUGUCUGGGUGACAAGUUGACAACUGAAGAGCUUGAUCAACUUUUGCUUGGGUUCGAAGAUAGUGACGGCCUGAUUUUGUACGAGGACUUUGUGAAACACAUCAUGUCAGGAUAGAAUCACGCGCAGCUGAUCAAGAAAACAUGUCUUUUUUUCUUCCCUCGUUGAUGAACUUGAAACUUUAUAUUUAAGAUGAUAGGAACC